GAAAUCAUGAUACAAGCCCCAAAAAGUAGAGUAUUUAAUAUUUAUAUUAGUAAUUUGGAAGUUGACGUUAUUACAUGUUAUUGCCAAGCAGAGUAUAAUAUUCAAAUUAAUUAUCUAAAUGAUUAAAUAUGAGGCAUGCUUUUUUUCUGGACUGUAAAUCAAAGGAACUUCUAACCUUUGUUGAUUUGUUUCAUGGAAAAAGAUGAUAGGACCUGAAAAAUGGCAAGAUGUACAAUUACGUGUCCGUGUUGUCUGCGAUUCAAGUUCAGCGCUGAAGAAGUGGAACAACGGUAUAGAAGUAAAGAGAUUGAUAAACUUAUAGACAAAGAUAAACACCUGUUGCGUCGACAAGUAAAGUUACUAUUGUUGGGAGCCGGUGAGAGCGGUAAAUCAACAUUCCUCAAGCAAAUGCGCAUUAUUCACGGGAUACAUUUUGAACCUGAACUUGUCAUUGAAUACCAGCACAUAAUCUAUCAAAAUAUAUUAAGAGGUAUGAAAGUAUUGGCAGAUGCUAGGCAAAAGUUAGGUAUACCAUGGGAAAACCCUGAUAAUAAUAAAAAUGGUGAAUUUAUUUUGAGUUUCGACAAUCGUACCACUUUGGAUACACGAUUAUUCCAGUCAUAUGCUCCAUCAAUGUACUGCUUGUGGAAAGAUGCUGCUAUUAAAAGAGCAUUUGAACGGAGGAGAGAAUUUCAACUUAGUGAUUCAGUACAAUAUUUUCUAGAUAAUAUUGAAAAUAUUGCUAGAAGUGACUAUUUACCAACAAAUAAAGAUAUUUUACAUGCUAGACGAGCUACUAAAGGCAUUUAUGAAUUUACAAUUCCAAUAAACAAUAUUCCAUUUCGAUUUGUUGAUGUUGGUGGACAAAGAUCCCAACGACAGAAAUGGUUUCAAUGUUUUGAUUCUGUAACAUCGAUAUUAUUUCUAGUAUCCUCUUCCGAAUUUGAUCAAGUUCUUGUAGAAGACAGAAAAACAAAUAGAUUAGAAGAAUCAAAAGACAUAUUCGAUUCUAUUGUAAAUAAUGUAAUAUUCCGACGAGUUUCCAUAAUUCUUUUUAUGAACAAAACUGACUUAUUGGCUGACAAAUUAGAAAGAAGAGAAACAAAUAUCAAGCAUUAUUUUCCAAAUUUUGCAGGAGAUCCUCAUAGUUUGCCUGAUGUACAAAUAUUUUUAUUGGAUUUCUUUCGUCAAGCGAAACGCGAUCCAAGAAAAUCACUGUUUCAUCAUUUCACAACUGCUGUGGACACAGAAAACAUUAAAGUUGUAUUUAAUGCUGUUAAAGAUACAAUUUUACAUAGAAAUUUGGAAUCUUUAAUGCUUCAGUAACUUUUUGAAUUUACGCAUGUAUUUGUUAAAUGUUUAUUUGGUUAUGUUCUUUGUAAACGAAACUAUGAAUUUUUUUUUUUGUAACGUUA